GAUCUUUCAGAGUGCACCAGGCUGGAACGAGCAGAGCUUCUUAGCAACUCUCUUCUUCCCCCUCCUCCCCAUUCUCGCGCUCUCUCCCUCCCUCAGACAACUCGCCCCCCGCUCUCCACCCACUCCACGUAAUUCCGAAAGAGCAGAAGAAAGAGAAGGAGAACAAGAAAAGAGCUAGUAACCGAGAUCCGGAGCUCAGGAAAAGAGGCUGAAGAGGACCGAAGGGGAGGAAAGGAAAGAGAUGGACAGCCACAAAACGCAGCGAUUGCGGAAAUUUUCCAGCGCCAUUGGCUCGGCAGCGUGAGUCCUUUCGUCGGGCGUGAUUUCAGCACCGGGGGGACUGGACAGCACCUCGGGGGGGGUACUUCUGGGCAACCCUCAGCCACAGUAAGAACUCCAUCAGCAGCCUCCACAACAGAAGCCGGCGAAAACCCUGCUUUGUAUCAAAGAGGCAAGGUCAGUCCGACGCACAGCCAUGCACAGGCAGUGCGCCUGUACUACGCUGCAAACCCUCUGCUUGUUUCUCUAACAUGCACUUGCUUCUAAUUACUAGCAUUGUUCCUUUCCUGAUUAGUGAGGACCACUAGACAAGAUUCUGUAAGGGUGCAAUUUUAAUUUAUACGUAUAUAUUUAACUUCUUUUAAGGGUUGAGAGGGAGUGGGGUUAUUUUCCUACUUUUUUUUUUUUUUUUGCUUGCCUUGCACUACGUGCCUGGAUAGUUUGUGGAUAUAAUUAUUGACUGGCGCCUGGGUUAUUGCAGUGCGGGGUGGGGGGCUAGGGAAGAAGGAAUCCACCCCCACCCCCCCAAACCCUUUUCUUCUCCUUCCCUGGGUUCGGACAUUGGAGCACUAAAUGAACUUGAAUUGUGUCUGUGGCGAGCAGGAUGGUCGCUGUUACUUUGUCAUGAGAUCGGGAUGAAUUGCUCGCUUUAAAAAUGCUGCUUUGGAUUCUGUUGCUGGAGACGUCUCUUUGUUUUGCUGCUGGAAACGUUACAGGGGACGUUUGCAAAGAGAAGAUCUGUUCCUGCAAUGAGAUAGAAGGGGACCUCCACGUAGACUGUGAAAAAAAGGGCUUUACGAGUCUGCAGCGUUUCACUGCCCCGACUUCCCAGUUUUACCAUCUAUUUCUGCAUGGCAAUUCCCUCACUCGACUUUUCCCUAAUGAGUUUGCUAACUUUUAUAAUGCGGUUAGUUUGCACAUGGAAAACAAUGGCUUGCAUGAAAUCGUUCCCGGGGCUUUUCUGGGGCUGCAGCUGGUGAAAAGGCUGCACAUCAAUAACAACAAGAUCAAAUCUUUUCGGAAGCAGACUUUUCUGGGGCUGGACGAUCUGGAAUAUCUCCAGGCUGAUUUUAAUUUGUUACGGGAUAUAGAUCCCGGAGCCUUCCAGGACUUGAACAAGCUGGAGGUACUCAUUUUAAAUGACAAUCUUAUCAGCACACUACCUGCCAACGUAUUCCAGUAUGUGCCCAUCACCCACCUCGACCUCCGGGGGAACAGACUGAAAACGCUGCCCUAUGAGGAGGUUUUGGAGCAAAUCCCUGGCAUUGCCGAGAUCCUGCUGGAGGAUAACCCUUGGGACUGCACCUGUGAUCUGCUCUCCCUGAAAGAAUGGCUGGAAAACAUUCCCAAAAAUGCCCUGAUCGGCAGAGUGGUCUGCGAAGCCCCCACUAGACUGCAGGGGAAAGACCUCAAUGAAACCACUGAACAGGACUUGUGUCCUUUGAAAAACAGAGUGGAUUCUAGUCUCCCAGCGCCCCCUGCCCAAGAAGAGACCUUCGCUCCUGGCCCCCUGCCAACUCCUUUCAAGACAAAUGGUCAAGAGGAUCACGCCACCCCAGGGUCUGCUCCAAACGGAGGUACAAAGAUCCCAGGCAACUGGCAGAUCAAAAUCAGACCUACGGCAGCAAUCGCGACAGGCAACGCCAGAAACAAACCCCCAGCCAAUGGCAUGCCUUGCCCCGGGGGCUGCAGCUGCGACCACAUCCCAGGGUCGGGUUUAAAAAUGAACUGCAACAACCGGAACGUGAGCAGCUUGGCUGAUUUGAAGCCCAAGCUCCUCAACGUGCAGGAGCUUUUCCUGCGAGAUAACAAGAUCCAUAGCAUCCGAAAAUCGCACUUUGUGGAUUACAAGAAUCUCAUUCUGUUGGAUCUUGGCAACAAUAACAUCGCUACCGUAGAAAACAACACUUUUAAGAACCUUUUGGACCUCAGGUGGCUGUAUAUGGAUAGUAAUUACCUGGACACGCUGUCCCGGGAGAAAUUUGCCGGGCUGCAAAACCUCGAGUACCUGAACGUGGAGUACAACGCAAUUCAGCUCAUCCUUCCGGGCACCUUCCAUGCCAUGCCUAAACUGAGGAUCCUCAUUCUCAACAACAACUUGCUGAGGUCCCUACCCGUGGAUGUGUUUGCUGGGGUCUCGCUCUCUAAGCUCAGCCUCCACAACAAUUACUUCAUGUACCUCCCGGUGGCAGGGGUGCUGGACCAGUUAACUUCCAUCAUCCAGAUAGACCUGCACGGAAACCCCUGGGAGUGCUCCUGCACCAUUGUGCCUUUCAAGCAAUGGGCAGAACGCCUGGGUUCCGAAGUGCUGAUGAGCGACCUCAAGUGUGAGACUCCAGUGAACUUCUUUAGGAAGGAUUUCAUGCUCCUCUCCAAUGACGAGAUCUGCCCCCAGCUGUACGCGAGAAUCUCGCCCACGUUAACUUCACACAGUAAAAACAGCACUGGGUUGGCGGAGACCGGGACGCGCUCCAACUCCUACCUAGACACGAGCAGGGUGUCCAUCUCCGUGUUGGUCCCAGGACUGCUGCUGGUGUUUGUCACCUCUGCCUUCACUGUGGUGGGCAUGCUGGUGUUCAUCCUGAGGAAUCGAAAGCGGUCUAAAAGGAGGGACGCCAACUCCUCGGCGUCCGAAAUUAAUUCCCUACAGACAGUCUGUGACUCUUCGUACUGGCACAAUGGGCCUUACAACGCAGAUGGUGCCCACAGAGUGUAUGACUGUGGCUCCCACUCGCUCUCAGACUAAGACUCCCCAACCCGGGUAGAGCAGGGGAGGGGGAAAGACCAUGCCCCCAAACCCGACCCCGGCCAGCAUCCCAGGGGUCAGAGAAGCCCUGCCCCUAGUCCAGCGCGCCCCAAGUCUUGAUCGACAUAAAUAAACAAACUAUGAACUCGCUGUACCGAGAAGGUCUGAUCCCUUAGCUCCGUUUUGGGAACAAAGAGCAGGCUGUGGCUGGGAUCGCGGUGCCAAAUCGCUCUCUGCUGCGAGCCCCUUUCGACACAGCCCACCAGGGGGCCUGGUCUAAGAACUGGCAAUGUGCUCCCACUCUGAGGAGGGGCUGGUGAGGAGGGCUGUCGUGGUCCUAUACAUAUAUACAUAUACCCACAUCUAUAUAGAGAGAUAGAUAUCUAUUUUUCCCCUGUGGAUUAGCCCCGCGAGGAGGGGGGCGUGAUGGCUCCCUGUUGGCUACGCAGGGAAGGGCAGUUGCACGAAGGCAUGAAUGUAUUGUAAAUAAAUAACUGACUUCUGAGAAAAACAAAAAGUGCUGCAUGGCUCGCAUGGAAUCCACGCGCUCCAGGGACGCUGCCCUCCCCGGCGGCUGGAGACGGCGUCACGUUCACAGCACCCACCCUCUUACCUGAUAAGUCCCAUCGUAUCAAACUUUCUAUAAACAAAAUACAGUAUAAUCAGAAAGUGCCAUUUCGCCAUUAUUUGUGAUCGGUAGGCAGUUCAGAGCGUUCGUUUACUGUGAAAAAGAAAUGUAAAGGUUUUAUUUAAGACAUUUGCAUGGCUAGUCAUCAGUCCAUUUUAUGAGUUAAAAAUGUAUUUUGUUGAGACGUUUUAUGGGUUGUUUUGGGUUCGUUCUUUUAUUUUGAUGGUGAUUUUUUUUGUUUGUUUGUUUUGGAGGGGGAAUAUUUUUCUAUACAUAUCCAAUAAUGCCUUCCAUCUGAAUGUAAAAUAAGUCUCCAUGAUUUCUAUUAUAGUAUCAGUGUAAUUAUUAAAAAAAAACGAAAGAUUUUGAGGCAGUUAAGCAUGACCAAUUAAUGUCACUCUAGUGCUUAGGCUGCGAUCCUACGGUAGCAAUUCUGUGCUGGUGUAAAUCUUACUUACAAAGUAGGAAAAAAAAAACCGAGGAGGCACGUGAAACUUACUAAUUCUAUUCGAGGAUUUUAUAAUGGCAUAUUUUUUCAGUAUUAAAGUGAAAAUGUUUUCAACUCUGGGUCCUUACAUUUUUCCAGCUUCAUAUUUGCAACUGGUAAAUUGGAUUUGCGGUGGAAGGGACGGGGGAGGGGCACAGUUGGGGGUGGAUCCUUCCUGGAGCUACUUUAAGGCUCCUUCUCUAAUCCUCUUACUUGGCUUUUUACCUUUUAAGUAGUUCCCUUCCCCCUCCAACCCCACCUGGAGUUUUCCAGCCUUUCCUGUGGCUGAAGUGAGGUCUUCCCCCAACAGCGCCCUCCCUUUUUCUCCCGCUCCUUAUGCGGCAGUGAAUCCCUUUAUUAAUACUGGAAAUCCCUCCUCCUGCUGCUGCUGCUGCUGCUGCUGCUGCUGCUGCUGCACACACUGCAGAUAUAUUAAGGAUGUUAGUAGAGAUUUGAUUUAAUUGACUCUGCCUAGAUCGGUCUCAUUAAACAGAGUGGAGAUUUCAUUGGUCAGCACUCUUCGAUGAAAGACAACCCUAAUGAGUGGCAUUUGAGAUGCUGCUGGCGUUUUGAAUUCAACAUCUGCUGAAAAUGGUAAAACUAAUUAGUGCCCACCCACCCUCCCUGCCCCAGCAACUGCGUAUUAAAAUUUGUUAAAACACUUAUCUUUAUGGAAAUCAAUCAUUAUCCUAAAGAAGUGUUUCUCUCCCAUCAUUGGGAUUUUGGGUUGUGGCCCAGUAAUUAACAAGAACAGCAUUGAACGGUUUGGGUUUGAAUUUUAUGAGCCAGUGUAACUCUGGCCUCAAUCAUAUUCCUCUGGGAUCUCUAAGCAGUCCAUUUUUAUCAGCAGUUAAGCGACAAAAAGCAAACAAAAGUACACAUGUUGAUGGGGCCUGCAUUCCACCACAUAUCCACCCUUGAGAAUGUUAAAAGACUGCAGACCACAGGGGGAAAAACAAAUUAUAGGAUUGUAAAUCAGCUAAUGAAAGCCCCUAAAGCAGUUGUAAGAAGAUUUGCCUUCUAGAACUCAUAUCUUAAAGAGAAAUAAUUUCCCAGAACAGUGAUGUUCUGGAGUAUGUAUUAUUUAUUUUAAUGCUUUUUAAAAUAAAAUCUUUAUGACUAUUCCUAAG